GCGGCCCCGGCCGGAGCGGCGCCCCCGCGGAGCGCGGGGGGGAGGAGAAGCCGCCCCCGCUCGAUGAGCGGCGCCCGCCCGCCCGCCGCGCUGUGCCCGGGGAUCGGCGGCCGCGGCCGGCGCGCCCGGCAGCAUGUGGAGUCCCACCGAGGAGGAGAAAUACGGCGUGGUGAUAUGCAGCUUCCGAGGAACGGUUCCGCAGGGCUUGGUCCUGGAGCUAGGUGAGACUGUCCAGAUCCUGGAGAAAUGUGAAGGCUGGUACCGAGGUGUUUCCAUCAAGAAGCCCAACGUAAAGGGGAUUUUUCCUGCCAACUAUAUUCACUUGAAAAAGGCAAUUGUCAGUAAUAGAGGGCAAUAUGAAACAGUUGUUCCACUUGAAGAUUCUGUUGUGACUGAGGUCACAGCGACGCUGCAGGAAUGGGCCGUGCUCUGGAAGCAGCUCUAUGUGAAGCAUAAGGUGGAUCUGUUCUACAAGCUGCGCCAUGUGAUGAACGAGCUCAUCGACCUGCGCAGGCAGCUGCUCUCGGGGCACCUGACGCAGGACCAGGUGCGAGAGGUCAAGAGGCACCUCACGGUGAGGCUGGACUGGGGCAAUGAACACUUGGGCCUGGAUUUAGUUCCUCGGAAGGACUUUGAGGUUGUGGAUUCAGAUCAGAUCAGUGUUUCAGAUCUUUAUAAAAUGCAUUUGUCAAGUAGACACAGUGUCCAGCAGAGCACGUCACAGGUGGACACGAUCCGUCAGCGCCACGGGGAAGCCUGUCGCAUGCCAGUGCCUCACCACUUCUUCCUCAGCCUGAAGAGCUUCACCUACAACACAAUUGGAGAGGACACAGAUGUCUUUUUCUCUUUGUACGAUGUCCGAGAAGGCAAACAGAUCAGUGAGAGGUUUAUGGUGAGGUUAAACAAGAAUGGAGGCCCCAGGAACCCGGAGAAGAUCGAUCGGAUGUGCGCGCUGUUCACAGAUCUCAGCAGCAAGGACAUGAAGAGAGACUUGUACAUAGUUGCCCAUGUAAUCCGAAUAGGUCGGAUGUUGCUAAAUGAUUCCAAAAAAGGGCCCCCUCAUUUACACUAUCGCCGCCCCUACGGCUGUGCAGUGUUGAGCAUCAUGGAUGUGCUUCAGUCAAUCUCUGAAAUAAAGGAAGAGAAGGAUUUUGUUCUCAAAGUUUACACGUGUAACAACGAGAAUGAGUGGUGCCAGAUCCACGAGAAUAUCAUCCGCAAAUCCAGCACCAAGUACACAGCCCCCAGCUCCAACUAUGGACUUAUCAUUUCUCUUCAGCUUCUUCGUGGUGACAUGGAGCAGAUUCGAAGGGAAAACCCCAUGAUCUUCAACAGAGGCGUUUCUGUUACCAGGAAGCUGGGGUUUCCUGAUGUUAUAAUGCCAGGUGACAUCCGGAACGACCUGUACCUGACCUUGGAAAAGGGAGACUUCGAGAGGGGGGGGAAGAGUGUGCAGAAGAACAUCGAGGUGACCAUGUACGUGCUCUAUGCCGAUGGGGAGAUCCUGAAGGACUGCAUCAGCCUGGGCUCAGGAGAGCCGAGCAGGAGUGCCUACCACUCCUUUGUGCUCUACCACAACAACAGCCCCCGCUGGGGGGAGAUCAUCAAGCUGCCCAUCCCCAUCGACAGGUUCCGGGGGUCCCACCUGCGCUUCGAGUUCAGGCACUGCUCCACAAAAGACAAGGGAGAAAAGAAGCUCUUUGGUUUUGCGUUCACCCCACUGAUGAGAGAUGAUGGCACUACCUUGUCAGAUGAUAUCCAUGAGCUUUAUGUUUAUAAGUGUGAUGAGAACAGCACAUUUAACAACCACGCGCUGUACCUGGGGCUGCCCUGCUGCAAGGAGGAUUACAACGGCUGCCCCAACAUCCCCUCCAGCCUCAUCUUCCAGCGCAGCACCAAAGAGACCUUCUCAGUCUCCACACAGCUUUCUUCUACCAAACUGACCCAGAAUGUGGAUCUGCUUGCCCUGCUGAAGUGGAAAGCUUACCCAGAUCGUGUGAUGGAUAUUCUGGGAAGAUUGAGACAUGUCAGUGGCGAGGAAAUUGUGAAGUUCCUACAAGACAUUCUAGACACGUUGUUUGUAGUUUUGGAUGACAACACUGAGAAGUAUGGUCUGUUGGUCUUUCAGUCUUUGGUGUUCAUCAUAAACCUGCUGCGUGACAGCAAGUACUUCCAUUUCCGGCCGGUGAUGGACACCUACAUCCAGAAGCACUUUGCAGGAGCUCUGGCGUACAAGGAGCUGAUCCGCUGUCUCAAGUGGUACAUGGACCGCUCUGCGGAGCUCGUGCGCCAGGACCACAUCCAGGAGGCCAUGAGGGCCUUGGAAUAUCUUUUCAAGUUCAUUGUCCAAUCUCGGAUCCUUUACUCCAGAGCUACUUGUGGAAUGGAGGAGGAGCAGUUCCGCUCCAGCAUCCAGGAGCUUUUCCAGUCCAUCAGAUUUGUGCUCAGCUUGGACAGCAGGAGCUCUGAGACUCUCAUCUUCACACAGGCCUCCCAGCCUGGAGGGCAGGCGAGCGCAGCCGGGACUUGUGCCCCACAGAAAUGUGGGGGCACGUCAAGGCCGUCAUUUAAUUCUGCCGCUCUGCUCAACUCCUUCCCCGCCAUCUUCGACGAGUUGCUGCAGAUGUUCACGGUGCAGGAGGUGGCCGAGUUCGUGCGGGGCACGCUGGGCAGCAUGCCCAGCACGGUGCACAUCGGGCAGUCCAUGGACGUGGUGAAGCUCCAGUCCAUCGCCCGCACCGUCGACAGCCGCCUCUUCUCCUUCUCAGAGUCCCGGCGCAUCCUGUUACCUGUGGUUCUUCACCACAUUCACCUCCACCUACGACAGCAGAAGGAGCUACUUAUCUGCUCUGGGAUCCUCAGUAGUAUCUUCUCCAUAAUCAAGACCAGUUCUUUGGAGGGAGAUGUCGUGGAGGAGGUUGAGAUGAUGGUGGAGAGCCUCCUGGACGUGCUUUUACAAACCCUGCUUACAAUCAUGAGUAAAUCGCAGUCUCAGGAGGCGGUAAGAGGGCAGCGCUGCCCGCAGUGCACAGCAGAAAUCACUGGAGAAUAUGUCUCCUGCCUUUUAUCUCUGCUCCGUCAGAUGUCAGACACUCACUUCCAGCACUUACUGGACAACUUCCAAAGCAAGGAUGAACUGAAGGAGUUCCUCCUGAAGAUUUUCUGUGUGUUUCGGAACCUGAUGAAGAUGAGUGUCUUUCCUCGAGACUGGAUGGUGAUGAGGUUGCUCACCAGCAAUAUCAUCGUUACAACAGUGCAGUACCUGUCCUCUGCCCUGCACAAGAAUUUCACUGAGACAGAUUUCGAUUUUAAAGUCUGGAACUCUUAUUUCAGCCUGGCAGUUUUGUUUAUAAACCAGCCAAGUCUCCAACUAGAGAGUGCCACACCAGCCAAGAGGAAGAAGAUUCUGGAUAAGUACGGUGACAUGAGAGUGAUGAUGGCCUAUGAGCUGUUCAGCAUGUGGCAGAACCUGGGUGAGCACAAGAUUCACUUUAUUCCGGGAAUGAUUGGCCCCUUCCUCGGUGUUACACUUGUGCCACAACCAGAAGUCCGGAAUAUCAUGAUCCCCAUCUUCCACGACAUGAUGGACUGGGAGCAGAGGAAGAAUGGCAACUUCAAACAGGUGGAAGCCGAGUUGAUCGAUAAGCUGGACAGCCUGGUGUCUGAAGGAAAAGGUGAUGAGAACUACAGGGAACUCUUCAGCCUGCUAACCCAACUCUUUGGGCCUUAUCCCAGUUUGCUGGAGAAGAUUGAGCAGGAAACUUGGCGGGAGACAGGAAUCUCUUUUGUUACAUCAGUUACUCGGCUCAUGGAGCGUCUGCUGGACUACAGGGACUGUAUGAAAGGAGACGAAACAGAGAACAAGAAAAUCGGCUGCACUGUUAAUCUUAUGAAUUUCUAUAAGUCCGAGAUCAACAAGGAGGAGAUGUACAUCCGCUACAUCCACAAGCUGUGUGACAUGCACCUGCAGGCUGAGAACUACACAGAGGCUGCAUUUACUUUGCUUUUGUACUGUGAGUUGCUCCAGUGGGAGGACAGACCUCUGAGAGAGUUCCUGCAUUAUCCAUCUCAGUCAGAGUGGCAACGUAAGGAAGGUCUGUGCCGUAAGAUUAUCCAUUACUUCAACAAAGGGAAGAGCUGGGAGUUUGGGAUCCCGCUGUGCCGAGAACUGGCCAUCCAGUAUGAAAGUCUCUAUGACUAUCAGAGCCUCAGCUGGAUCCGGAAAAUGGAAGCCACCUACUAUGACAAUAUCAUGGAACAGCAGCGCUUAGAGCCAGAGUUCUUCAGAGUUGGGUUUUAUGGUCGGAAAUUCCCAUUUUUCCUGCGGAACAAAGAAUAUGUGUGUCGGGGCCACGACUAUGAGAGGCUGGAAGCCUUCCAGCAGAGGAUGCUGAGCGAGUUCCCACAAGCCAUUGCCAUGCAGCAUCCAAACCACCCCGAUGACUCCAUACUGCAGUGUGAUGCCCAGUAUUUACAGAUCUAUGCAGUGACUCCCAUCCCAGACAAUAUAGACGUGCUGCAGAUGGACCGUGUCCCGGAUCGCAUCAAGAGCUUUUACCGAGUCAACAACAUCCGGAAAUUCCGCUACGACAGACCCUUCCACAAAGGCCCCAAGGACAAGGAGAACGAGUUUAAGAGCUUGUGGAUUGAACGCACCACUCUGACCCUGACUCACAGCCUGCCUGGCAUCUCCCGUUGGUUUGAAGUGGAGAGAAGAGAACUGGUUGAAGUAAGUCCUUUGGAAAAUGCCAUUCAAGUGGUUGAGAACAAGAACCAGGAGCUGAGGACACUGAUAAGCCAAUACCAGCACAAACAGAUGCAUGGCAACAUUAAUCUUCUCAGCAUGUGUCUGAACGGGGUGAUUGAUGCGGCUGUUAACGGCGGAAUUGCGCGGUACCAGGAGGCCUUUUUUGAUAAGGAUUAUAUCACAAAGCACCCCGGUGAUGCGGAGAAGAUCACACAGCUCAAGGAGCUCAUGCAGGAACAGGUACAUGUCCUGGGAGUGGGUCUGGCUGUCCAUGAGAAAUUUGUACACCCAGAAAUGCGCCCCCUGCAUAAGAAGCUGAUAGACCAGUUCCAGAUGAUGAGAUCCAGCCUGUACCAUGAGUUGCCUGGUUUGGAUAAGCUGAGCCCAGCCUGUUCUGGCUCCAGCACCCCCCGCAGCAACGUGCUGGUGUCCCAUGGACCCAUGAGCCCAGAGAGCAUAAAGCUGGUGCAUCGACACAGCCCACUGAACUUGCUUGGUUCAGUCCGACACUCCUCAUCCUCUCUGUCAUCCCACACCUCCAGUGAAACAGGAAACCUGGUUAUCCUGACAGACAGCUCUGUGGGGGAGACUGCUGAGGAUAUGUACCACAUGCAGGCCAGCCCUUCCACCUCCAGCCUGAGCUCCACUCACUCGGCACCAUCCCAGAUGAUUAACUCUGCCCCUUCCAGUGCUCGAGCGCUGGUGAAAGGUGCUGGAUUGACCGCACUGGAGGCUGAAGCCCUCUAUUUACCCACAGAACAGAUACAGCAUGGGCGGCAGCCGUGCAAGUUCCCCCACGCUGCCCCCACCCAUGUGCCUCAUCUCUGUCCUGGAGGGACCACCUCUAGAGGCUCUCCCUCUCUACCAGAUAAGUACCGGCACUCUCGGGAGAUGAUGAUGUUGCUGCCAGCCCACCGGGACCGACCCAGCAGCGCCAUGUAUCCCGCAGCUAUCAUGGAAAACGGACAGCCUCCAAAUUUCCAGCGCGCCUUGAUCCAGCAAAUGAUUGGACCGUGCAAACCUUGCAGUGAUCCCAACCUGUCCGUGGCUGAGAAAGCUGUGCCAGCAGCACCCAGUAGCUGGAGCCUGGACAGUGGAACCCGAGAGGCCCUGCCAUUCCUGUCUGCCCACGUUGGGAGCAUCCUGGCCCCACCAGUGCCUCCCCGAAGCCUGCCCCAUGGACACUACUCACUGCACUUUGAUGCCUUCCACCACCAGCUCAGUGAUGCUCCUCCUGCACUGCCUGCACGAACACUGCGCAAGUCCCCUCUUCACCCUAUCCCUGCAUCGCCCACCAGUCCGCAGUCUGGUCUAGACGGGAGUAACUCCACUUUGUCCGGCAGUGCCAGCAGUGGUGUCUCUUCCUUGAGCGAGAGCAAUUUUGGACAUUCUUCUGAACCGCCUCCUCGCACAGACACCAUGGAUUCUGUCCCCAGCCAGACCUGGAACACUGAUGAAGAUCUAGAGACACCCUACCUCCCUGUCAGGUACAGUCUCUCUGAGCCUGAUGUCCUGGAGUCGCUCAAGUCCCAGCCAUGCCGAAGCCACUCUGCUCCAUCUGGAGUCAUUCCUCAGGACACCAUGGACCCUCCUGCUCUGCCCCCCAAACCUUACCACUCCCGGCUGCCAAACAUGGAGAACGAGGAGGGGAUGAUCAUUGAAGAUGAUGACAAGCACCGCCCGUUGCACCGUAAAGUGUCCCAGCCAGUGAGUGGUGGAAAGGAAGAGCAGGCCAGGGUGGCAUGGGAGCACGGCAUCACUGAGCAGUAGGGACAGCUCGUGGAACACAGCUGGCAUCGGCAUUCCAGGUCUGGAUACAACCGAGAGAGAGAGCAGGACUCGGAGAACAGCAAACCGAUUUUCUACUGCCGCGAGUUUAUGUCUGAGGCCCACACGAGCAACUGGGCCAGCAUGGGAGGUUGCUGCUUUCCUUUUUAAGUUCUUUUUACACCUUUCCGUUUUGUUUUUUAACUUUCUGUGCAGUGGACAGUUUAUUCCUUCUGCAGUUUCUUAACCACAUCACAUGGCACACGAGCCAUAGAGACUUGCAGAAGCUGAGAAAUAUGAUUUUAAGCGGAGGGGGAAAAAGGGGGGAAUGUGGCAAGUUUUGAACCUGCUUUCCUCCCAGUUCUGAGACGCACAUGAGUAGAAGCAGUUGCACUAGGGACAUAUCUCUUUGCUGUACAGAAUUGAAAGCUCAUUGCUGAAAUCAGGGAUUCUAUGAACUGUCAGGCUGGAAGGUGCAUGAGCUGCAGGCAGUGGAAAGAUGGCAAUUCUAAGAAGAAAUUGGCUCUUUUGAGAGCAGGAUUGUACAUAUCUGUGCAGUGAUCUCCCUGCAUUGGUUCAUAGGUGCUGAGGCAAUCUAACCAGUGCUGAUGCACUGAUCUCCAAGAUAUCAUUUCCAACAAACUCUGCCUCCUUUGUUUUUUAUGUACUGUUUGAUUUCUUAAAUUUUGCUUUCACUGGCUAAGCCAACCUGCUUUCUCAUGGGAAUCAUGUGUUAUUCAUCUGUGCUACAGGAUGAGAGGAGGUUGGUAGCUACUGGAGCUACAGCCUCAUUGUAGGCCUUUCCCAUGCCCAGCUUUGGGCAGGCUGUUGACACCAGCAUUUCUAUUCCAGUUUAAAACAAAACCAACCAAAUUGAAUUUCUCAUGCCACAAGCUGGUUGAUGACCCAGCCAGUAAAGAAAGGGUGGCUUAAAUGCAUCAUAUCCAACAAUCGUUGCCUCAGGGCUGACCAUCACAAUUCUCACCAACUUCCAUCACCCAGGAGCUGAGAUUCAUCCCAUGUUAACUCAAUAUCCUCAGUCCCUCCCCAAAACUCACUGCAGUGAGAAGGAAUCUCCUAUCUCAGAGUAGACAGAAAACACCAAGACUCAAGCAGUGCCCGGUAUCCAGUGUACACCCCAGAGUCAGGGACCUUAAAGGCAACCUGUAAAGAACAAGUGUUUGUUUCCUCUUUUGCUUCUUUAGAAUGUGCAGUAAGAGCUGCUGCUUCUCUCUUCUGGAAGGUUGAUUUGUUUUUUCUUUUCUCCUCAGGCAGCAAUGCAGCCUUUCCCCAUCCCAUUUUUUUUUUAUGGGUAGGCCCCAGACGGGGCUGAAGAACACUGAGGGGUUGGGGAACAAACUACACCACACAAACCAGAACUGUGCAGAGGUGAAGACAGUAUGAGUCUAUGACCACAAAACAAGCCUUUUAAUCAGUAUUUGCAUAGUUCAGGGAAAAAAAAAUCUGUGGGUAAUAGUGUUCUUUACAAAGAACAGAUCUUGGUUUUAAGAAACCUUUUAUUCCUGUUUUCAUAUUUUUCAAGAAACUUUCAAUCAAGACAGUAUAAAAUAUUUAAUGUUUUUAGAUAAACAAGCCAUAUUCCUUCCCCUUGCCAUGUCCACACACAUUUUAAGCCUUCUUUAUAACCCUUUCACCUGCAGACUGCAAAGCACACUCCGUAGGAUGGAAACACACCUCCCUCUUUCCUACCACUGAAAAACCUGAAGCACAUUGAAAUAAGACACUUACCUCCAUAUAAAUUAGUGCCAGAAACAGGAACAGCACUUACCUUUCAUCUUGAAUUCUUGUCCUAACUGCUCAGUUUCUCCUGCUAAAAACAGCAUAAAGAAGCAAAAAAGGAUAUUAUAAAUCUUUUACAGGUCACCUUUAGCACUACCUCUAAAUACAGUGACUGGGCAGAGUACAUGGCUUCUGAACUGGCUCAAGAUGGUCUGGUUGUGUAAAGUCUGGACUCAGCAGUUGUGUGAAGGGGAUUUUAAGAGGAUUUGUUUCUUUUCUUUCUCCAGCUCUAGCCCAUGCAAAACUAAGUUAAAGAUUUGUUUCUUAAAUGGCCUAUUUGGCUGGAACAAAGUCUCUCUUGCUUCCUCUAUUUUGUUACUAACGCAGGCUGCUUGUAAUCAUUAUAUCCUUCACAAUUAAGACAGUGGUAAUAAAAUCUGGCCCAUAGUGAAUGCUUCAUCUCUAGCAGGAAGGAGAGUUUUCCAAUGUGAGGACAGUCCUAAAUGUUAAGAAACUGAGCUGGAUCUCUGGUAUAGAACACAUAAAUGAAAACAGUUCAAAAUUAUGGUAAAGGUAAGUCAAGGUAAUUCCUUAGAAACGGGUGAUAUGUUUUCACAUAUGCUGUUCUCCAGUCCCACUGAGACUCUUCCAGUGACAUUUUUAAAAGAACUUACUAUUUAGUUCCAAUUCCCUUGCCCCUGGUUUUGUUUUUCUUUUUGGCAGCAAGACUAAAAGUAGUAAAUGUAGCGACUUACCGAGCUUCCUUAACAUGGAAAAACCAGCAGGUCUUGCAAUUAAAACUUUGCAGAACCAAGAAUGCAACUAAAGUGGGACUGAGUCCCAGGCAGCUGGAAAAGCUGCUCACUAGAGCUCUAAUCAGUCUCUCAAAACACAUCAUCCUGCUCUGAUUAGAGGCACGGUACAACAGCAGUGAGUCCAUGGGGAGUCUGACAUUCCCAUGUAUUUGUGAGGGUUCGAAGGUCAAGCAGGUGAUGUAUACAAAUACCUAAUUUAUGGCAGGUCCACACAAAGAAGGAUGGAAUAAAUUGCUGAAUUUACCAAAUUUAAGCCUCUCUGGAGUUAAAUUUCUGUUAUGGUUCUGAUAUUUACCAAGUAUUCUGCUUCCCUUUUCAGUGUUUGCCUUAAAGGGGACAGAAGAUAGAAAGACUAUUAUUAAAAUAUUGUGAAUCUUGGAACUAAUAUUGCUUGGAACUACUUCUCUGUAUGGUGAGGUGUCUUUUAGCAUAGUACAACUCCAACAUCAAGCUCAGUCCUGGAGUAGAGGGAAGCAACAGCAGUUGUUGCACUUGCCCAACAGGAUUUGAAGAUUCCUUGUAUAAACCACAGCAACAGGAUGUUUUGAACAGGACCUUGACAUUCUAUACCUAACUCUAAUUCAAACUUCAGUGUACUUGCCUUCAUUGGGUUUUCUUUGCAUAACAAAAUAGCAUGUGCAUUCCUGAGAAAAUUGGUGGAAUUCUGCUAUAAAUCUCUCCAUCAUCCGUGUACCUGCUGGCCCCAUCUGAAACAAAAUUGAGAAGGAACUACAGUGAUACAAGAAAAGCACUUAAUUUCUCUGAAUCUCUUUUUUUUUUCCAGUGGUUGGGUUGGUUUUAUUACUGUGUACAAGACUCAGAUUCUUUUUUGACUUUUCCUCUUUGGUUUUUAGCUUAGUUACCCUUUUUUAGGUAAGGGAUAUUGCAUAUCCCUUCUGUGGGAGUAUCAGCCAAAACUGGGGAGGCUGGAGAGAGCAAGAGCCUUUGGGAAACAAAUUAUGUGAUAUUUAAAAUUUCCUCUGAUCAUGCUUCUUUGUAAAUACCCCCAUUUGAAUGCUGUGUAUUUGUACAGGAAAUGGAGCAAAAAAUGUAUAGAUUGUGAUGUCUGACUGGUAUUCUGCCCUGUAAAUGUGUUUUUAACCUCUGGCAUUCUGUGCUUAUUUAAAAAAAAAAAAAAAAAAAAAAAAGCAAAAACCUCUAACCACUUCUCUUUUGUGUAUUCAUGUUUAAAAUAAAAUGAAAACAGCUAUCUUAUCUAUAAUGGAAAUCAAAUUCAAAAGGAAAAAUUAAUUUGUACAAGUGUCCUAAAGGUACUUCAUUGUAUAUAUUGUGAUAGCAUGUUUCCAGAACCAACAAAUAAGUGGUGUGAAUUUUAGAUGUAAAUAUCUGCCGUUUGUUUUGGGUUCCUUUCCCUUACCCAUUCACUCGACUGCUGUGAUGUGGAAUUAAAGAUUAAUACCUGAUAUUAAAA